GUUGUUGUUCGGAGGGGGGUUUGUAUACACCCUCCAAAGGAAGCGGAGGGGGCCGCAGGGAGGAGCGGAGUGUGACUGGCGGCGGCUCCUGCUGUGUCGCCCCAGCCUGGGGUUCCCCUCCGGUGCAGCAUUGACUCCUGGAGAAAGGGAUCCCUGUGAGGAAAGCUGCGGGGAUUUACCACAGGCGCAGCCUCCUGUCAGUUUCAGCAUGCUGCCAGCUAUUGGAUCUACAGUAUUGUCUUCUGGAGAAGCCAUGGAGAGGAGAAGUUCAGCAGAUCAGUGUCACCCACUGUUGGAGGAACAACCACUCCCUGACAUGACUGCCAAGGGGGAGAAAAGGUUCCGCUUGUGGUACGUGGGGUGGUCAUCCCUAGACCGGAGGACAACGUUACCUAUGCUGCCGUGGCUAGUGGCUGAGAUCCGUAGACGCGCAGAAAGACAAGAGCCCCCUGGUUGUGUGGCAAGUUGUCGAGAGGUUCAGCUUCUGGUAGUUGCCCCGCACCUUCGAUGUGUGCCAGCCUUGAAUGGAGCCAGUGGCAACACAGCGGUCUUCAUUUUUGAGCACAAGGCACAGCACAUUGCCCGCUUCAUCCACAAUAGCCAGGACCCCUCGUAUUUUGCCUACUUGAUUAAGACUCAGCCUGACAACCCAGAGUCUGAGAUGGCCUGCCAUGUCUUCAAGGCUACUGACCCCAGACAGGUUUCCACAGUCAUCAGUAGCAUUCGGCAGGUUUCCAAAGUUGCUCUGAAGGAAGAUUCAAAGCCCAGCAAGGACAAUGAAGAUGCCUUUUACAACUCACAGAAGUUUGAGGUUUUAUAUUGCGGCAAGGUGGUAAUUGCCCAUAAACACGCUCCUUCCACUAUUAUCGAUGACUGUAUUGAGAAAUUCUCUCUACAUGAACGUCAGCGUCUGAAGCUACUGAGCGAGCAGCGCAGCAUGGACGCCAGCUCUGACCUCGCAUUGGCCGAGACCAAUCUCCCAGUUUCUCCAUCUGAUAGUGCAUUUGAAGCACUGGACGCGGACUCUAAUGCCAAUUCUGCCUCCAAGGGCCAUUCAGGGAUAUUUACAGUAGGUAGCCAGAGCAAUCUUUCUGGUAUGCGGGUAUCUUUUCCUGAGAGGAUACUUGAAGACUCAGGCUUUGAGGACCAGCAGGAGUUUAGGUCUCGAUGUAGUAGUGUUACUAUUCAAAAGAAGGUUUAUGAUGGAAAAAUACAGUCAAGGAGAAGACAUGCAAGUGCACCGAGCCAUGUACAACCCUCCGACUCGGAAAAGAACAGGACAAUGCUCUUUCAGGUUGGCAGGUUUGAAAUUAACCUCAUAAGUCCCGAUACCAAGUCUGUAGUGCUGGAAAAGAACUUUAAAGAUAUUUCCUCGUGUACUCAGGGUAUUGAACAUAUUGAUCACUUUGGAUUUGUGUGCCGUGAGAGUGUGGAGCCUGGUAUAAACCAGUAUGUUUGCUACGUCUUCCAGUGUGCUACAGAUGCCUUGGUGGAUGAAGUCAUGCUCACCUUAAAGCAAGCAUUCAGCACCGCUGCCGCUCUCCAAAAUGCCAAGACACAGAUCAAGCUGUGUGAAGCUUGUCCUAUGCAUGCUCUGCACAAACUCUGCGAGCGAAUUGAAGGGCUGUACCCACCAAGAGCCAAGCUGGUAAUACAGCGACAAUUGUCUUUGCUUUCUGACAACGAACAAGCGGACAUUUUUGAAAAAGUCCAGAAAAUGAAAGCCACCAGCGACCAGGAAGAGAACGAGCUUGUCAUACUUCACCUAAGACAGCUGUGUGAAAACAAGCAGAAAAGCCACAUUCACAUUGGAGAAAUGCAGACGAGCUUGUCAAGCAGCUCAAUCCCGGAGAACACUGCCCCUAGUGGUCGUUUCACGCUAGAUAUUUUGAAGAACAAGGCAAAGAAGUCCUUGACCAGCUCUCUGGAAAACAUCUUCUCACGGGGGGCAAAUCGAAUGAGAGGCCGGCUGGGCAGUAUGGACAGCUUUGAUCGCUGCAACAGCUUUACUUCUGACAAGGACGGCUCACCAGGGGAUUCUCCGCCAGCCACUCCACCGCCUUCUCCCGUGUCUUCAACUUGGCAGUCGUUUCCAGAGGAGGAUCCAGACUCGCCCCAGUUUCGCAGACGGGCUCACACUUUUAGCCACCCCACAUCCAGUGCCAAGAAAAGGAUAACAUUUCCUGAUGCUAAGUCACCAAACAGCAAGUCACCCAUCCAGAGACAGCACUCCAUAGCCUGUGAUGGGGGGCAGAGCAGCCCUGUUCCCAUUGUCCGACGUAUCCGCACUGAGAGCGAGCCUUCGUCCUCCAGUCUCCCCUCGUCCUUUUCUACCCCUUCUUUCCUGAAAACUUUUUACCAGGGUUCAGGGAGACGUCCAUCACAGUCUGAAACUGAUGUGCCUAAGAGUGAAUGUGAAGGAAGAAGGAGGACAUUCUCUUCAUGCAGUAACGACUCUUUAAAUGCUUCUGUUCCUCCACUCAUACCACGUCGAGUUUCGUGGCGUCAGCGGAUUUUUCUCAGGGUAGCUUCACCAAUGAUCAACUCUCCCUCAGAUAUGCAACAUAUAGAUCUUUUAGAUGGGAAUGAUUUGCUGCCGUUGUCCCCUCUUCCCACAACCAUGGAAGAGGAUCCUCUAGCAUCCCUUCUUCAGGAUAACAAUGCUGCUGACAGUGCAGAUGGGAAACGGAGUGCCGAAGACUUUCAGAGACUAUGGAGGAAGGCAAUACAUCAACAGAUUUUAUUACUGAGAAUGGAAAAGGAGAACCUGAAGCUUGAAGCAAGCAGAGAUGAGCUGCAGUCUAGAAAAAUCAAGCUAGAUUAUGAGGAGGUUGGAAUUUGUCAAAAAGAAGUUUCAAAUCUCUGGGAGAAGAAAUUAAACUGCAGGACUAAAAUCCGGUUUGACAUGGAAGAGAUAUAUGCAACACUAAAAGAAGGGGUCCCAAAAUGUAAACGCGGGGAAAUCUGGCAGUUUCUUUCUGUGCAGUAUCGUCUAAGGCACCGACUUCCAAGCAAACAGCAUCCACCGGAUAUAACAUACAGUGAGCUCCUGAAGCAACUCACAGCACAGCAGCAUGCCAUCCUUGUUGAUCUUGGAAGGACUUUUCCAACUCACCCUUACUUCUCUGCCCAGCUGGGAGCAGGACAGCUUUCUCUGUACAAUCUUCUUAAAGCAUAUUCUUUGCUUGACAAGGAGGUUGGCUAUUGCCAGGGAAUUAGUUUUGUGGCUGGAGUGCUUCUACUGCAUAUGAGUGAACAGCAAGCCUUCGAGAUGCUAAAAUUUCUCAUGUACGACCUAUCCUUCCGGAAGCAGUAUCGGCCAGAUAUGAUGUCUCUUCAGAUACAAAUGUACCAACUUUCACGGCUUCUGCAUGACUAUCACAGAGAUCUGUACAACCACCUGGAAGAGAAUGAGAUAAGCCCAAGCCUCUAUGCAGCUCCCUGGUUCCUAACACUAUUUGCCUCACAGUUCCCUCUUGGAUUUGUUGCCAGAGUCUUUGAUAUUAUUUUCUUACAAGGAACUGAAGUCAUUUUCAAAGUGGCACUUAGUCUGCUCAGUAAUAAUAAGGAAUGUAUUAUGGCAUGUGACAGUUUUGAAAAUAUAGUAGAUUUUCUGAAGAUCAAUAUUCCUGAUAUGACAAAGGACACUAUGGAAAAAAUUGUAACCCAGGUAUUUGAAAUGGACAUCUCUAAGCAGCUUCAUGCUUACGAGGUUGAGUAUCAUGUAAUUAAUGAUGAAAUGCUGGAAACGUCCAAUCCAUCUGAUGACACAGAGGCUUUCGAGAAGCUUGAGAAGGCGAAUUAUCAGCUGAAGAGGCAAAACAUGGACCUCUUGGAAAAGUUGCAGGUAGCUCACACCAAGAUCCAGAGUCUGGAAGCCAAUAUUGAAAACAUUUUAUCCAGAGAAAACAAAUCCAGAAACGUUAUCCGAUCUUUGGAACAAGAAAAAUCAGCAUAUCAAAAGGCGGUGGAGCAAAUGAGGAAAUACGUGCCCACUCAUGUACUGACAGACUGUGAACUUUUGCUUAAGGAUGUUAGCUGUAGCCCAAACAACAAAACAAAGGCAGGAAGUAAGCAGUAAAAGACAAAGUGAGCGCUACUCUGGCCUGCAGCGUACAUUGCUUCCUCAAAACCAAAAACCGUGCAUGCUCUGGAGGAGGACCACGCAUUACAGUGCAUGCCUCAUGGCCUCUCCGAGGGUGUGGGGGCUUUUUCUGAGCACAGAUCCACUACGACUGGAGGAGCCUGUAGCUACCGUUUUAUAUUGGGAACAGCUAAACACCAUCUGAGACAAUAAAGAAAAGCCUCUAUGAUUUCCGUAUGCAAAAACCUUGUCAUUAUAGACAGAAUUUAAGAAAAGGGAAAGUGUUUUGUUUUUCUAGCAAUGUCAUUUACAAGCUGUUACUGGAAAUCGCUUGUCAGCGAGAAGCCAUUUUAUAUCACUUGUCGGCAGUGUCCCUGUAGUACAUAGAAAUCAAGAAAGUGACAAUACUUGAAAUUGAAUGUUUCCCAAAGAGCAUCAUACUUCACACUUGUGUGAAACGUCUAUAAGAACUUCUGGAGUUUUUUUGUGCCUGUUAUUGAUUCUACUGACAUUUGCCACGUAUGUGUAGAGUUUUUAUGAAGCGAUCACUACAUGAUGUUUUAUGAUGGGCUGUUGCUGCCUUUGUACUAUGAACAUGCACAUAAGUUUUCACUCGGCUUAUUAAUGAGUAGACCUGAAGUUAACGGAGUCUGUUUUAUUUAGAUACUUGGCGCACUCUGGUUUUCUUAAAGUAAAAAUCUACCUUUAAAUACAUUUUAAAUGCCAAAUUCUGAAUAUCCCCCACUUUCCUUUUAAUAGCCACAGAGUUAAAUAUUAAAGUUCUGGUUUUCUGUUGUGACCACUAGGGGGUGCUUACUUCAUUCAGAUUUAUACAGUUUCCACUCAUUUUAAAGGGACUCUGCCACCAGGGACCUCUUUAUCAAACUGUUUGCAUAGACCCAUAGCUGUCUUUCUUUUGUUGAUCCGAGGCUCCGUUCCCGAGUGAGAGCAAUGGUGGUGCCCUCAUUGCAUUAGUGGCCUAAUAUGCAUGUAAAGAAAAAGUAUCAUAACUAAGGAACGGAGCCGAUCAGUAACAAACAAAAUACAGCGCUAUGUGCUUAUGCAAACAGUUUGGUAGAGAGGUCGCUGGUGACAGAUUCCCUUUAAUACUACUUAUGUAAAUCUGUAUUCAGCAGUCUCCUAAGCUCCCCCUAGUGGUCCCUCUGUAACAGAAAAACUGGGCCGCGAACCCUAAGAUAUGUAAUAAAUGAAUCCUGCACAGAUUUCAGGACCUACAUGAAUUAAUAAAAGGGAGCCAUUCACUUUAAAGCAACCCAUGCAAUAAGUAAGGAAGCUUUUGACUUGUAAAUCCGAAUUAUUUUAUCUUUUGCAUUAUGGAAUGUUAGUGCCUGUCAUAUUUGCUCUUCAGUAGAUAAUGCAUCCAUGAAUGCUCCACACACAAGGAAUUUAUUUUCAUGUAACCAGAUUUCACACAUUGUUUAUUUUAGAUUUGCUUCUCUUACAUUCAUCAUGAUGCAUCGGUCACUAUACCAAAUGCUUAACUAAAUGCAAAUUCCACCUUCCUUUAUUUCUAUAAAAAAAAAACUAUUUGUAGACGUACAGAGUACCUCUUCACACAUACACUGUGGUUCUCCUUUUGUAUAGUCCUUGUAUUCUUCAGUCCACACUAUUCCACGGGACAAGAUUGCAGAAUGCACCCAAUGUUAGUAGCGGAGUAUGCAAAGGGAAAAGAUUACUGUAUUAGGCCAUAAUAAGAAUGAAAAGCUGACUAUGCAUAAAAACGGAAUGCAAAAAAAAGAUUCUGCUCACAUCUUAAAUUUUUUUUUUUGUAUAGAAGGGAUAUGAUUUUAGCAAAACUGGGUAUGGUGUUUGCAUACAUUUUUAUUAUACAAUAAUUGAAGCAUACCUCCAGUGAUCCACUUAAAAACCUCUGAGGAUAUGCACUUCAUUGUGAAAUGUCACCUCUCUAAUAUACAAUUUCUAUGCAUUGCUAUUAACUCACAUUGUCUUGUACCUGUGAAAAGAAAAGCUUUUUGCAGCGUACCUGUGUUUCUCAUGAGCCGCCAAACCCUUCUCUACUCGUUUUCACAUAUUUGUUCUACUUUCUGUGACAUUGCACGCCUUACUCUUCACCUUCUCUUAAGACCUAGGCAAUGUAAGGCAUCAACAGUGAUGUCACAUACAUUGCCUUGCUGGAACUCCAGAAGCUCAGUGGCUGGGGCUAUGCAUUAUCGUUUUGGUUGGGAUUCAUUUCCAAAACCAGAAUUUUAGGUUGAAAAUAUAUGGCCAGCGGUGGUUAUCUUCAGAGCUCAUGUACAUGUACCCCAAAUAACUCUGUUUCUUAACAGAGUUAUUUGGGGUACAUGUACAUUCGACUGAGAGUAGGAUUAGACAGAAAAAAAAUCAUAGGGAUCCUGGAAAAGACCUUUAAAAAUGGGUCCUACAUGAUUAUUAUAAGAAUGUUAUCUGCCCUUUACUUCUUUCUGUUGGAGCAUAUACAGUGAGGUAGUUAAAAUAUAUUACCCAAAAAAGGAAUGACACACUCCUCAGAAAAUAAUAGUAAUAGUCCUGAGAUUACAGCAGCCUCUGCACUCUUAUUUUAUACCAGUGAGUGGUUUCUAAACAGUUUCUUGAGUUGUAAGGCUUGGUUCACAUCACGUUUUUGCCAUCCAUUUAACGUAUAUGUUGGAAAAAAAAGAUACCAAUGUAUAGCACACCACACUUUUGUGUCCUGCAGAGUGCAGUAAAAAAAUGUUUACGGUGACAUACUUUUUUUUUUUUUUUUUUUACAAUGGAACUCUAUAGUGAACGGAUGCUACUGUAUGGCAUCAGUCUGAGGCAUCUGUUAAUGUAUACGUUUUUGUUUAUGUUAAACGGAUGGAAAAGACAUUAUGUGAACCCAGCCUAAAUCCCUUAAGUAGAAAGGAGAGGUCUUCAACUGAGCUGCUGUUGAUGAUUUUAGAGCUCUGUGAAGUGGAGGUACGCUUUACACUUUAGUUUCAGAAAACCCUUUAAAUUUGAGGCACUUUUUAUAUAUCUAUAUAUGCUUAGUUAAUUAUUGGAUAAAGAAUUUAUUUUAAGAUCUAUAAAGGAGAAGUUGCACUUGUCAUGCAGAAAUCUUUUAGUGUUGUUCUUCAAAAUGUCUGCUUUUAAUAUGUUUUGACACCUGCUCUUAGGGGACUGUUAACUCCAGGCUCAGCCAUACAACUCCUUGUGCCUGUCCGUCCAUCUGUCCAUCCUUACUACCUUUCUUCCUUAUCGAUCCUCGUCCUGAUGUUCUGGCCUGCUCAUUUAUCUAGACUUGAUUCAGUGGCCAUAUCACCUCUCUGACUGAAAGUACUGUGUUCAGGAAGCCAAGCCAUCAACUUCUCAAGGUGUAUUGUGCCCUAUAACUGUGGCUACUACUAUAAUGAAAUGGUGACCACUGAGGCUGGAAUUGAAUUGCAAAUUACAAGUUUUACUAUUAUUAUGACCCCCUACACCAGAAAUUCACUUAAGUCACACAGCUCCGUUUUGUGACUUUUUGAACGCCCACCCGCAUAAAUUUAGGCACAUGUGGCGUUUUUUUGCCAUCCUGGCGUAAAUUAUCUCUGGUGUAGAUUUCCGUCUAGGGGUAUGGGUUGCCAGUGGAUACACCUAUAUGAGGAGGCCUCCACCUUGUCCCCGGUUUUUGAUAAAUGACCCCCAAUGUCUUAUACAAUAGUUGAUACUCAGUAAUAAUUAGCACUGUCUCCUUAUGCACUAGAAAGAAUCGCAUUUCGAAUUUUUCCAUAAAUAUGAAGGGGCAUACCACCCAAAAAUGAAAGUGGUAUACUGUAGUAUCAGUCUCUUAAGCCAAAGGUUUUAAUGGAUACCUCAAUGUGAUGGAGAAAAAAUAAGUCUCUUUGCGGUGCUGCAGGGAUCAAGAUUCCUCAGAUGGUUUGAAGGUUAUUAAGGUCGAGAAUCUUUUGGAUUCUUCUGAAGAAUACAAAGGUUUCAGGCUUUUUUUUUCCAAGAGGGUGCUCUAUCAGACCACCUCCUGGCCCUGCAGUAAGAGGGUAGCAACACUCCACUAUCUGACGGUAUUUUCGCACAAGUAAAAUCCAUUGCAGAAAAUGCGAUCGAUAGCUUUCCACUGA